UAAUUUUCUUUUCAUGUUUCUUAAUAAGCAAUGGGAAAAAUGCAACAUUGUUCUCAAUGGUAUCUGCUUUUACUGGCAAUAUUUCUCUUGGCCUUAACGGUGCAAGCUAAUGAAAAUGGGGUGAAAACUGCUGUUUUCCUGUCGCCGGAGUUUGUGCUGGGACCAGGAAAAGUGGAGAAUAAAUUCUACUAUAAUAUCGACUAUCCAAGAGGUCAUAUUGCAAUUAAGGAAUUUUAUGGUGAAGUGGUUGAUGAGUUGGGAAAUUCUGUGGCUCUUCACGAAACUUAUCUCCACCACUGGGUUGUAGAAAGAUAUUACGCCCCCAAGGGUGUGGAAGUCCCGGAGGGUAAUGAUGAUGGUCUUCACUUGUCAAAGAAUAUUAUAGUAAGAAACUCUGGAGUUUGUCAGGGAAAUGUUCUGGGGCAGUAUUUUGGUGUUGGAUCUGAAACACGCAAAACAAAGACUUACGUCCCAGAUCCUUAUGGCAUAGAAGUUGGGAAUCCAAUGGAAAUUCCUAAUGGCUUUGAGGAGAGAUGGUUGCUUAAUAUUCAUGCAAUUGAUACACGGGGUGUGGUGGAUCGGCUGGGAUGCACAGAAUGCAGGUGUGAUCUCUAUAAUAUCACAAGGGAUCAGUUUGGCCGGCCUUUGCGUCCAGGGUAUACGGGAGGCCUAUUUUGUUGUUAUGAUCAAGUGCAGUGCAGCUUGAAAGAAGGCUUUGAGAGUGUCAAGAGAAGCCUUUACUUGAGAUACACUGUGAAAUGGGUAGAUUGGGAGGACACUAUUGUACCUGGUAAAGUUUAUUUACUUGAUGUUACUGAUACCGGGAAGAGGGCACAUGAUUCAGCCAGACUUGGUGCUUUACAUGGUUGCCAGGUAGAGUACGAAGUUGAGUCCUGUGGUGCCAAUGGUUUGGCAAAUAAUGGGUGUGUAGAUACCAAGAAAGCAAGCAUUGUCAUGCCCCAUGGGGGUUCUGUUAUCUAUGCUGUUGCCCACCAACAUUCAGGGGGAGUCGGAUCAACUCUAUAUGGCGAGGAUGGUCGAGUUAUAUGCUCUUCUUUACCAAUUUAUGGAGAAGGGAAGGAACCAGGUAAUGAAGCUGGUUACAUUGUGGGAAUGUCUUCAUGCUAUCCUCAACCAGGCACAGUUAGGAUAUUUGAAGGAGAGACUUUGAUUUUGGAAUCCAACUACAACAGCACCCAAAAGCAUACAGGGGUGAUGGGUCUCUUCUACAUUUUGGUUGCAGACUCGCCACCAAAGCCCAUGCUAUCUCUACGAACUUCAGUUCAUCAGGAACUGAAGAUGCUUAGCAAAUAUUCAUGGGCAUUAGUUUUCAUUGGAGUGGCUGUAGCUGUAAUAAUCGGUGUUGGUUAUCUCCGAAGGAAUGAAAGAGAAGGCGGUUACCAAUCCAUAUGAUGUAUGAUUAAUCACUAAGUGUUAUAGUUGUUUUGCCCACCAAUCAAGCUCUUAAUCUCACAGAUGAGAUCAUUUUGCUAGACAGUAAUAGCUCUGUAAUAAAUCUUGUAUACUUUUCUAUACUACCAUAAUAAUGAUGUCCUAUACUGGUCUAUAAUCACAACCUCCUU